AUGACGCAAACCUUUUCUCGCUCCUUUUCAGACAUGCAAGAGGAGGAGAGGGCUGGACCCAUCCUCGCAAAGGCAAUCGCGAGGAGUGGUCUCUGCUCGAGGCGUGAAGCCAUCAACAUCAUCAAGGCAGGAGACGUGGAGGUCAACGGGAACGUCGUCACUUCUUGCAGCACAUGGUUGAGCGUGACAGAUGUGGUGAAGGUUUAUGGAAAGGAGAUUGACCCCCACACUCCUCCUCAGAUCAUCCUGUUCCACAAGCCCAAAGGCUACUUGACGACGAAAUCCGACCCGUUGUCCCGCCCGACAAUCUAUGACCUGCUUCCCCAAGACGAGUUCUGGCAGAACAUUAGCCCUGUGGGGAGGCUAGACUUCUCCACAGAAGGCUUGCUCGUGCUCACCAACGACGGAGAGAUCAAACGCUUCCUGGAGCUGCCGGCAAACAACAUUGAGAGGGAGUACCGCGUUCGCGUGCAUGGACCCAGGGUGUCCGACCAGCAGCUGGAACAGCUAGCCAGGGGACUGUCGGUUGCUGGGGUCCAGUACAAGGGGAUCGAUGCGAGGUUCGACGACCCGAGGUUUGAAGACAGAGAGCCGAAGAACCAGUCGAACCGUUGGAUCGCCAUGGUACUCAGGGAAGGGAAAAACCGCGAGAUCAGGAGGGUCAUCGAGUCCUUUGGAUGGGAAGUGACGCGCCUGAUACGCGUCAAGUACGGCAUGUUCCGUCUCGGAAUGCUCCAGGCUGGAGAGGUGAAGCCCUGUCCCCAGCGCGACCUGCAGCAAAUGCAGAUGUUGAUGGACAAAGCUUAUUUCAAUGGCAAGAAUAAAACAAGGAGAUAA